AUGACUGAAGUAUCAUCAUUAAAAGUAUCCAGCGAUGAAAAUGACUACAUUGACGAAAAGAAAAUUCCUCAUGAUUUUGUAAAUCAUAUUCCUGAAGAUGUAGAGGUUGAACCAAUUUUAAGUAUGGUCAUAUCUCCCAACGGUGAGGAGAUAAUGAUUGACAUGGCUCAUGCGGAUGAAGCCCUUCAAUUUGUCAAAGAAGCUGAAAAUAUUGUUGUUACGCCUGAAGAAGACAGAAAACUUUGCUGGAAAAUCGAUAUGUGCAUGUUCCCACUUAUGUGCCUAAUUUAUGCCGUUCAAUUUAUGGAUAAGAUUGCUACCAGUUCUGCAGCUGUUAUGGGUUUAAGAGAGGACUUAAAAAUGAAGGGGAACCAAUACUCUUGGGUUGGUUCUGCUUUUUAUUUUGGUUACUUAUUUAUGAAUUUAGGACCGGUUCAAUUAAUUUUCCAAAAGACUAAAUAUAUGGCUAAAUACCUUGCUGUGUUCAUUAUGAUAUGGGGGUUGAUUCUUACCUGUCAUGCUGCACCAAGUGUAAAUUAUGCUGCUUUUAUUGCAUUGAGAGUACUUUUAGGAUGCGCUGAAAGUGUUGUGACUCCAUGUUUCACAAUCAUUACAGCUCAAUAUUGGAAAACCAGUGAACAAUUCACUAGAAUUUCCAUUUGGUUUGGUAUGAAUGGUUUAGGUUCCAUUAUCUUAAACUCAAUGGCAUAUGGUAUUUAUAUUCACCAAGAUACAUAUCAAAUAAAAGCUUGGAGAUUGCUAUUCGUAAUUACAGGUGUCAUCACUAUAUUUCUGGGUAUUUUAAUAUAUUUAUGGAUUCCAGAUGAUCCAUCGAAGGCUCGGUUUUUAUCAAGAGAAGAGAAAUUGAUGGUUGUUCAAAGAAUUAGAUCCAACCAACAAGGUUUUGGUAACCGUGAAAUAAAGAAAUAUCAAAUAAUUGAAGCCUUGAAGGAUGUCAGGACUUGGUUAUACUUCGCUUUUACCGUAUCUUCAAAUAUUCCAAAUGGUGGUAUUUCAAAUUUCAUCUCCAUUUUAUUCCAUACUGAUUUUGGUUAUAGUACAAAGGACACAUUACUUAUGGGUAUCCCAACAGGUGCUGUAGAGAUUGUUGGCUGUCCAUUGUUUGGUAUACUUGCUGUUUAUGCUGCCAGAAAAAGGAUUCCAUUUUGGCAACACAGGUUAACCUGGGCUAUUUUUGCAGCUAUAUUGGCUCUAAUUGCCAGUUGUAUGUUAGGUUUCGCUAAUAAAUCCAAGGGUGCUAGGUUAGGUGGUGCUUAUUUGUGGUAUAUAUCUCCUGUAUCAUUUAUCUGUGUGUUAUCGAAUAUUAGCGCCAAUUCUUCAGGUUAUACGAAGAAAUGGACUGUUUCAUCUAUUAAUUUGGUCGCAUAUGCAGCAGCAAAUUUGGCUGGUCCACAAACAUUUAUUGCUAAACAAGCCCCAGAUUAUCAAGGUGCCAAGAUUGCUAUGGUUGUGUGCUACGCCUGUAUGAUUGUCAUUCUGUCUAUUUUACUAUUUAUAAAUGUCAGAGAAAAUAAGAGAAGAGAUAAAGUACAAGAAGAAAGGGGAGGUCCUGAGAAAUUAGAAAACUUAGAGUUUGCUGAUUGUACUGAUUUUGAAAAUCCUAACUUUAGAUAUACUUUAUAG